UUGUUUUUCCCUCAGUCUUGAGGUGAGAUGAGGAACCUAAAGCUGCUGAAGAGCCUGCGGAGCUCAGAGCUGCAGGGUCCGGGCUCCCCGCAGUGUUUCUCUGUGCGGGCAGACACGAGCUCGCUGCUGGUUGCCUCUCCGUACUCCAUCACAGAGUUCGACCCCCGGACUGGUCAGGUGGUGAGCGAGGCCUCGUUGACAGCUGAAGGGUUUCUCCCCGAGGACGGCUCUGGUUUGGUGGUCGGACUGCAGGAUCUGGCAGAACUUGAGUCAGCAUGUUUAGCCACAGCCAACGGUGAUGUCGUCCUCUUCAACCUCAACACCUGCCAGUUGGAGUGUGUUGGCAGUGUCGACAGCGGCCUGACCUCAAUGAGCUGGAGUCCUGAUGAAGAACUUGUUGCUCUCACCACUGGUCAGGAAACAGUCAUCAUGAUGACCAAAGACUUUGAGCCGAUCACUGAGGUUGGAAUCCACCAGGACGACUUUGGCGAAGGAAAGUUCAUCACGGUGGGUUGGGGGAAGAAGGAGACUCAGUUUCACGGCUCAGAGGGGAAACAGGCAGCACAGAAGAAGAGCCAGGAGGUUCAGCCAGCUGCAGUGUGGGACGACCGCAGGCCCCGGGUGACGUGGAGAGGUGACGGUCAGCUGUUUGCCGUCAGCGCCGUGUGUCCUCAGACUGGAGCCAGGAAGGUUCGGGUCUGGAACAGAGAGGGCGUUUUACAGGCCACCAGUGAGCCGGUCAAUGGCCUGGAGCAGGCGCUGUGCUGGAAGCCUUCAGGCAGCCUGAUAGCGAGCACUCAGCGUCAUCCUAACAAACACAGCGUGGUGUUCAUGGAGAAGAAUGGACUGCUGCAUGGAGACUUCACUCUGCCCUUCAGCAAAGACCAAGCAAAGGUGAAGGAGCUGCUGUGGAACAGUGACUCCACUGUGUUAGCGGUUUGGUUGGAGGACAUGACCGCUGGAGAAGACGGACAGGCCAACACUUACAUCCAGCUGUGGACGGUGGGAAACUACCACUGGUAUCUGAAGCAGAGUCUGGAGUUUGGCAGAGACCCUCAGAAGGCUCCGGUCUGUGUGUGCUGGGAUCCUGAGCGCCCCCUACGGCUCCACGUGGUGACCCACAGCUGGACCAGCAUCACCUACGACUGGUGCUGGACGACGGAGAGGAGCCUCGGGCUGGACGCUGCCGACAAGGCCAACGUGGCUGUGAUUGACGGAGAUAAAGUCCUGGUGACGACCUUCAGGCAGUGUGUGGUUCCUCCUCCCAUGUGUUCGUUCGAGCUCCAGCUGACGUCACCGGUCAACCAGGUGACCUUCCUCUGCAAACCUCAGGGAACCAAUCAGCUGUCAGCAUUCACAGCUGAUGGAAACAUCUCAAUCUACGGCCAAGAUUCAGGAGAACAGACUGACAAAACAGCAGAUGGAUUCAGGAAUAUGUUUAGGCCUCUAGUCCUCCAGAAAACCCUCAGAGUUUCGGUUCUUCAGGAGGAACCUCUGGCUUUGCGGCAGCUGCUGUGGCUGGACGAUGAGCUGUUUGUGGGUGUGAGCUCCGGUCCACUGCCGACCUCCUCCACCCUGCUGCUACUCCGUCCUGCUGAGGAUGCCACUGACACGCUCUCUGUCAGGUCUGAGGUAGAAGUGGACGGUGUUGUGGUCAGUAUGGUUCACAGCUCUCAGACCGGCACUGUGGCACUGCAGCUGGAGGACGGACAGAUAAAGAAACUGCUUUAUGAUGGUCCUAAGCCGUCAGUGAAGGACUGGCGUGACUUCAGCGGAUGCACCAUCAACUUUCCUGUUCCAUGUGUUCAGACGGCCCUCUGCAGCAUCAGUGGAGAGGAGUGUCUGCUCGGCCUGACGGACAGAUCCCACCUCUAUGCUGGAGACACAGAGCUCGCCUCCAAUGUUUCCUCCUUCGCUGUUUGCAACGACUUCCUCAUCAUCACCACACACUCACACACCUGCCGCUGCCUCCAACUGAGCACGCUCAGUGUUAAAGCGCUACAGGCAGCUUUGGCCUCAGAUGGAGGUGAGAAUGACGAGACGCUGCGGCGGGUGGAGAGAGGAUCCAGGAUCGUCACCGUGGUGCCGCAAGACACCAGAGUGGUUCUGCAGAUGCCGCGUGGGAAUUUGGAGACAGUGAAUCAUCGAGCGCUGGUGCUGGCUCAGCUCAGGAAAUGGUUGGACUGUUUAAGAUUCAAAGAAGCUUUUGAUUGCAUGAGGAAGCUGAGGAUCAACCUGAACCUUAUUUAUGAUCACAACCCAAAGGUUUUCCUUGAGACCAUCGUCACCUUCAUCACACAACUCAACUCCAUCAACCACAUCAACCUCUUCCUCACCGAGCUCAAAGAGGAGAACACCACCAGUACUAUGUACCCUCCUCCUGAGGGCAGCCCGGUCCAGCCCCAGCCUGCAUCUGGGAUGAAGAAGGUGGACGUAGUGUGUGAUGCUUUACGGAGCGCCAUGGAAUCAAUGGAUCCAAACAAGUUCUGUUUGUCUAUUCUGACCACUCAUGUGAAGAAGACGGUUCCUGAACUAGAGAUCGCUCUGCAGAAAGUCCACGAGCUUCGAGUGAAUCCUCGUGAAGCUCCAGGUGCUGUGAGUGCUGAGGAGGCGUUGAAGUACCUCCUGUUUCUUGUUAAUGUCAACGACCUGUACGAACACUCGCUGGGAACGUACGACUUCGACCUCGUGCUCAUGGUGGCCGAGAAAUCCCAAAAGGACCCCAAAGAGUAUCUUCCCUUUUUAAAUAUGCUGAAGAGCCUGGAGCCGAACUACCAGCGCUACACCAUCGACAAACACCUGAAACGCUACAGGAAGGCUCUGCUCCACCUCAGCAAGUGUGGACAGGAGCAUUUCCCCGAGGCUUUACAGCUGGUGAAGGAGCAGAAACUCUACAAUGAAGCUCUGAGACUGUACGCGGCAGACAAAGCUCAAUACAAGGCUCUGAGCUGCGCCUACGCCGAGCACCUGAUGGAACAGCAACAGGCGGAGCAGGCCGGCCUGUUGCUAUGGCGAUGCGGCGAGCCAGCCAGCGCCCUGCAAGCGUUCGCCAGCAGCUCCAGUUGGAGAAACGCCAUCUGCGUCGCUCAGCAGUUGCCGCUGCCGCCAGACCAGUUAGCUCUGCUGGCCCGUGACCUGGCAGAGAAGCUAAUUGAACAGCGGCGUUACUCGGAAGCUGCUCUGCUGUUGGAUCAGUACGCCAAAGACUGUGAGGAGGCCAUCUUGGCUCUGAUCAAUGGUGCAGUCUGGGAGGAGGCGCUUCGAUUGAUUUACAUGCACAACAGACAAGACAUCACUGAAACCAACCUGAAACCUGCUCUGUUGGACACCUUCAGCGCACAGACCGUCUUCCUGGAGACUCAGGUCGCGGCGUUCACCCGGCACAAGACCCGGCUGGCUGUGGUCCGAGAGCAGAAGGAGAAGGCCAGACUGAACAUGCUCGAUGAGGACGGUCCAGACUGUCCUGAGGCUGAGCUUUACUCUGAAGCCAGCAGCGUGAUGACCGGCUCCAAAUACUCCCACAGUAACUCCCGCAUCUCCUCGAGAUCAUCAAAGAACCGGCGGAAGGCCGAGCGGAAGAAGCUGAGUCUGAAGGAAGGAAGUCCGAUGGAGGACAGAGCGCUGAUGUACGCUCUGAGUGAGAUCAUCACCACUGUGGACAAGAUGAGAGAGGAAGUGCACAACCUGCUCAAAGCGCUCGUGCUCUUCCAGUUUGACAGACAGGCGGAGAAGCUUCAGCUGGUGUAUGAGGAGGCGCUGCAGAUGAUGGAGGCAGCCGUGCCUGAGGUGUGGCCAGAAGGCCUGCUAAACAACCAAACCCCGCUCACAGGGCCAAAUUCAACCGCAAACAGCAUCAUGGCUUCUUUCCAGCAGCAGCAGCAGCAGCAGAAACCUGUAACUUCACAACAAGAUGCUGAAAUCCCACCGCCACCAAAGAUGAGAAACGGUGUGAAGUGGAAGCUCAUUGUUCUUAAGUAAAAUGAGUUUUGUUUUUAAUGUUCUUUUUACUGUAAAGUGGUAAUUAUGUAUGAAUAAAGAUCCAGUUAGAC